AGCUGAGGCGCUUUACUUUUUUUUCCAAAGAAAUAUUCACAUGUGUUUCCCGAAUGGAGACAGACACUGCGGACAAUGACGAGUUUCUUACCUUAAACUUAAAGAUUCGCGCUUUAUGAUCAUAAGACAGCGCCGCGUUGUUCGGGACACAGUGACAGCGAGCGACAGAGUGACACAGUGUGACAGUGCGAGCGGAAGGCGCGUCUCGCGGCACUUUGGACACCGCUCCGGAGCACCAUGGAGACGUUCACGCUGCACGACGUGCUCAUCAACUCCACCGAUUUCGACAGAAUCCUCUGCGGACUCGGCAUCAAGAGCGACUUGGACUGCAGCGGCGCGCCGGACCUGCAGCCGGAGCCCAAAGACAUGAACCAGACGGUGCGCAUCGUCCUGUACUGCGUGAUCUUCAUCCUGAGCGUGCUGGGCAACGCCCUCAUCAUCACGGUGCUGCUGCGGAACCGGCGCAUGCGCACCGUCACCAACCUCUUCCUGCUGUCGUUGGCUGCCAGCGACCUCAUGCUCUGCCUCUUCUGCAUGCCCUUCACACUCAUCCCGAACCUCAUGCGCGACUUCGUCUUCGGCAGCGGCAUGUGCAAAGUGGCCAUGUACUUCAUGGGUAUCUCGGUGAGUGUGUCCACCUUCAACCUGGUGGCAAUAUCGCUGGAGCGCUACAGUGCCAUCUGCAAACCCCUAAGUUCCAGGACGUGGCAGACCAAGUCCCACGCAGCCAAGGUCAUCUCCAGCACCUGGGUUGUGUCCUUCCUGCUCAUGCUCCCCUACCCCAUUUCCAGCACCCUCAUACCCUUCACCCGGCACAACAACAGCACAGGGAACAUGUGCCGCCUCAUCUGGCCCAGUGACGUCAUCCAGCAGUCCUGGUACGUGUUCCUGCUGCUUCUCCUUUUCCUGGUGCCGGGCAUCAUCAUGAUGACCGCAUAUGGUCUCAUUUCCGUGGAGCUCUACAGAGGAAUUAAAUUUGAGACCAUGAACAGGAAGAGCAACAGAGAGCGGGAGCCCAGCACCGGCAGCCUGAAGCCGGGUGACGGAGACGGUUGCUACCUGCAGCCCUCGAAAAAGAAGCAGCUGGAGCUGCAGCAGUCAAGGCAAUCAAGCCAGCAGGGGGAGCGUUCCUCCGGCAGCGGCAGGGCCAAGGUGGGUCGCGUGUGCAGCAACAGCUCCGCGGCCAACCUGAUGGCAAAGAAGCGGGUCAUCCGCAUGCUCAUCGUCAUCGUCAGCCUCUUCUUCCUCUGCUGGACACCCAUCUUCACCGUCAACGCCUGGCGUGCCUUCCACCAGCGCUCGGCCGACCAGCUGUUGUCCGGAGCGCCCAUCUCCUUCAUCCACCUGCUGUCCUACACCUCGGCCUGCGUGAACCCCAUCAUCUACUGCUUCAUGAACAAACGCUUCCGCGCCGGCGUCUUUGCCACCUUCGCCUGCUGCGGCCGCAGCGCCCCGGCGCGUCUCAGCCGCACGCCGACCGAAGACAACGGCCACGCCCACUCGGGCGGCACCCUCACCCGCUUCACUUACAGCAGUAUCCGCGGCUCCGCCCAGGCCUAGGAGGAGGGGCAGCGGCGACAGGCGCGUGGCAUGUCACAGAGCCUCCCGCGUCCUCCUGAGCUGCACCCAAAGAGCGCAUUUCGGAUCAACUGGAGCAGAGAGGAGCCCUCGCAACACGUGUU